AUGUCAUUCUCAUGGAACACCUACACUGUUCAGCAGUACUCAACCACGUUCGAGUUUUUGCAGAUGGCGAUCAACUGUGUGUGGCCAGAGCAACCAGAACAUGCUUGAUAUUUGAGAAAAGAAGAACGCUCUGUCUUUGAUACUAUAUUUGUGAACUUCGCUUUUACGGUCAACAUCAUGUCUGGAAACCGAGUCUACAAUCACGACGACUAUGAACUCGUCCCUAACCCGAAAGACCAUGUCGAAAUCCUGGACUACGACCACGAGGAUGCUGAGUGGGACGACUGCGAUUUCGAGGUCAAGAAAAAGACUUCCGACCCCAAGCCUGCCGCCUCUGCUCCCAAGGCCAAUAAGAACUUCCGGAGAAGAAGAAUCAACAAAACAAGGUUUUCGAGCAGAUGGCGGCCGCGAAAAGAUAUUUGCAACCAGAGAUGA